AUUUUUCGAUAAUAAAGUAAAGCGUAAAGUUGUUUGUGAAGUGGUUGCUACGAAAUUUCCGCGACGUUUUAAAAAAAUAUGAUGACGCUACAACUCCUUCGUUUACUCCAACUGAUAGUUAUUCUUCAUACAACAGAAACAUUUUCUUAUUCUCUUCCAAUCUAUGGAACCAAACGGUAUGGUCGAUCGAAUCAACAUACCAGUGUUAGCUCAUAUGAUCCUUAUUCUUCCUAUCAAUCAGUGGUACCUCACCAUUACCCAGAACCCAUCAACUACUACAAGAUGUAUCCCUACAGUGACUCCUACCACUCAAGCUACUACUACCCUCAACAGUCGUAUCCUCUACCUUACUACGUUCCUUCGAAGUAUAAAAUAUAUCAACCUGUAUUUCCUUACUACUACCAAGAACACUGGCCUAGUCAAAGUUACGCCGCUUAUUAUGAUUACAAUGAUCCCGAUGAAGUAUUCCAAGGCAUGGAACGGGAAGAUAGGGAAGAAAAUCAACCUAUUGGUCACGAAUCUUAUUAUGAAGAUGCUUCUGAUGAUAGUAACAUGGAUGACGUGAACGCUGCUUUCUUACAAAAUUUGAUUUUAACACAAAUGUACCAAGAUUCGUUGAACAAUAAACCUCACACAGAUAACUAUGAUGAUUACGAUGAAGCGUUUGCUAAAAUAGAAGAAAUGAACAGAAGACCUACACAUACACCAGAAGAUGAAACUGUGAGGGAAUUGAAACAACUACAAAAAGUGAAUAGGGAAAGAGAAAACAAGAAACCCAGAAAUAACAAUAUACAUUGGGCUCAAAGCAACCAAGAUAAUAAACGGCAAAGAAAGAAUAGACAAAGAAAACAGAAAAUUGAAAAACAAGAAGAAAAAAGAAGUAAAUUCACCCCAAAUGAGUUACUUGUACCUACUGAAGAUACUGCUAUUUAUUCCGAACGUAAGCCGAUUGUUAAAAUGAUUCCAACAACUCAAGCUUCUACAGCCACAACACAAUCAAUAGCACAAACAGGACAGAAAGAGGAGUUCCAGAUGAGACCGGCUACUCCCGUUCGACACGCAUUUGCCGCUCCCCUUUUAACUAUGAUGUCUAGAAGUAAUGAAGAAAGGAAAAGGACGCCGUCAGUAUAUGAUACAAUCAAACACUUGUUAGACAUGGAAAAGAGCUUUGAACUUAACCAACAAAAUUCCGACCUACGCCCUGCGAUGAAAAAGAGAAUAAUUACCUCAGAGGAAAGUUUGACACGUCAAUUGUCGGUCCUUAAAAAAGCUCAGUAAGAUUUUUCUUAUAUUUAAUUAUGUUUGGGAUUGAACUUUAACAAUUGUCCAUAACGUCCAGCCUCUCGACUUUUAAUGAUAUAAACAUUUAAAUAUUAAUAAGGAGGGGGUAAAAAAGAA